AUUGCACUUUUCUUUCCCUAUCGUUUUCCUUUUCUCAAAGCCCAAACGCGCCCCCGAAUAACACGAAAUAUCUGUUUCUUCUCUCAGAUCCAAUAACCGAAGCCGAAAUUCGCAGAUAUAUCGGAUAUAUGACCGUAUGAACCGCUAGGAAAGAUUGUGGUUUUCCUGUGUUUGUGUGAAUGAUGGGUGAGGAGGUGAAGAUGACCGAGUAUGAGGAGCGAGUGGCGGAGUGGGAGACAGGGCUUCCGAACGCCGACGAUCUCACGCCGUUGUCACAGCCGUUGAUCCCGCCGGAGCUGGCCUCGGCUUUCAGCAUAUCGCCGGAACCGUACCGGACAACGCUCGAGGUCAACCGGGCGUCGCAGACCACGCUCUCCACGCUCUCCAAGGGGCUGGGGUUCUCUACCAGCGAUAACUUCAAAUCUUUUGCCGAGAGCCCCGCCGGUGAACUGAUGGUGGUGGAGGAGCCUGACGAGAUCAUCGAUCGGGACGGGUCGGGGUCGGGCUCCGGGAACGACCCGAGAAAGACUAGAAGAAUCGACUGCGGGGAGCUCGAGGCCGAUUCAGCGCUCCGAGCGGAGAACGCGAGCGACGACCCGUCGUCGACCGCGCGGACCUUGAAGCGGCCGCGUUUGGUGUGGACUCCGCAGCUGCACAAGCGGUUCGUGGACGUGGUGGGCCACCUGGGGAUCAAGAACGCGGUGCCCAAAACGAUCAUGCAACUGAUGAACGUGGAGGGCCUGACCCGCGAGAACGUGGCGAGCCACCUCCAGAAGUACCGGCUUUACCUGAAGAGAAUGCACGGGUUGCCCGGCGAGGUGGGCCCCUCCGGCACGGCCUCUUCGACGUCCGACCACCAGCUAUUUGCGUCGACGCCGGUUCCGCAGCACGAAACCGGAGCGCAUAUGCAGAUUCCUAUGCCAUAUCCGCCGCCGAUGAUGCAGAUGCCGGUUCUCGGGGUCGGGCACAUGGGUAUGCCGGUAGGGAAUCACGGGUUCGAGUCGCAUGGUGCAUACGGUAUGAUGCAGCAGAGGGAUUGGUCGUACCAUCCUCAUGUUGGGUCUAAUCAAGAGUAGAGAGAGAUUGAGAAGUUGAGCAAAUCGGUUGAAGCUAAAGCUUGCAGCUCAACCUAUAAGGUUACUUCGUUGGUAAUCUUGAACCUCACAGAUGUGGGAGAUGUUCUUAGGAAUUAUAUGGAGACACUUCAAAUCGAUUCUCCUAUAUGUCUUGGGAUUUCGUAUGAAUCAGGCUAAGUAACACACUUUGGCUCAGUAUAUAUGGCUGUUUUUAGUUUCCGGAUAGCAGCAGGGGAUUGUGGUUUAUUAUUUUUAGGCUAUCUAGUUCACACCAAGCAAUAAAAUUCAUUCUUAAUCUUUACUAUGAUUUUUAAAUUUUAUUCUCUUGAGACUGUAUUAAAAACCUUAUUUUUCAGCAGAAAAGCAAAGAGUCGAUAGAAAGCUUAUUAGCAAAAGUGAGUUAGCUGUCAGUUCUGGGGGUUUCAACACUUGCUUUUAGUUUAUUAUAUGUGAUAUGGUUUUCAGUUACUGUCUGCAUUAGACUUUCAGAUUAUUUACAGUAUGUUUUUGUGUAGAUUCAGAAGUUGAGCAAACUUUGGUUGAAGCUAAGCUCUUGCAACUCAACCUAUAAGGUUGCUUCAUUGGUAAUCUUGAACCUCACAGACGUGGGAGGUGUUCUUAGGAAUUGUAUGGAGAUACUUUGAAUCCAUACUCCUAGAUGACUUGGAAUUUCGUAUGAACCAGGCUAGUAACAUACUGUCGCUCUAUAAACUUGGCUAUUUUGAGAUUCUUGGUAGAGCAGUGGGUUUGAUGUGAUAUAAAAGUGAUAAGUGUUUUUUGGUAAGUCUACAUUUGAGAAAAUGUUUUUUGUGGGGGUACAGCUGCAUAUUUUGAGAAAAUACAAGGAAAUGUAUAACUGACUUCUUGCUUAUAGGAAGAAAACAAUUUUUUUUCUUUGAAAAAGGUGACUGCCUGCGUGGCUUCUCUCAUUGGAGGAGAGGGAUGGCUACAUGGCCACCCCUAUCAGGUCAGGGUGGCCACGUGGCCACCCCAAGUUUGUCGUGGUGGCCGCCUGGCUACCCACUCCUCUGCCGAAGGUGGUCACACGGUCACUUUUUUUUAAAAAAAAAAAAAAAAAAAUUCUUACAUAAUAAAUUACUCUCUACACCUAAAAAAAAUUGAGCACCUGUUUUGUCAAAAUAUUUUUAGAAGGCGUGAAAAGUACAAAGUAUUUUGUGUUUUAAGUUGUUUGUUAAUGGUUUUAAAAAAAAGUGUGUUUUUGUCUAAGGAAAAUGUUUUCAGAGACAUUACCAAACAUAGCCUUAUUUGAGAGAGCUAUAUCAUCUGCUCUGUUAUGCAUUUAAUUUUCCUAAGUGCUAAUUUGUAAGUAUUGGAGGAUCCACUUUAGGUACCGUUUGGUUCAAGAAAUCUUGGCAGGAAUCCCAUAUUGCGUUCUGGAAUCUGCGAGUAUUCCCAUAUACGUGUCUGGUUUUGUACCGAAAAUUCUAGCAAUUUGAUAUUUUUGUAGGUAUCACAUUCUCGCAUUUUGUGACAUUCUGAGAUUCACACCUGGUGCGAAUGUUGGGUACUGUCAACUGUGUCAUGUCUAAAUGCUCCCACCUAGUUUCCAUGAUUUCGGCCAUCAUUUGCCGACCACCACCUGUUGGUCACCUCCAACGGCCACCUGCAUAGUCCAUCUUUCCUGAUCACUGUGUUAGCCACCUGCCGGCCACUAUCUCCGGCAUAGGUGCAUCUUUGAGAACUUAGAUAAAACAUGUUUUAGUUUCACAGAAUGGAACAUUAAAUAGCAAGCCAAAUGAGGAAAGCCCACAUUCCCAAGCAUCUUAUUUGUGGAAAUGUAGGUGGUCUUUCAUGGGAUUCUGGAAUGCCUUGAACCAAAUGGCCUCCUUAGGCCAUUUGUUUUCAACUCUGUGGGUCUUGACUCUUGAGGCUAUUUUAAGAUUCAUAAUGUUUGGUUUAUACCUAUAUUAGUAAUUAGUUGUGACUUUGGGGCAGCUGAGAGAAAAUGUUCUAGGAGAAUCAUGAAAUGUUUACAAUGUUUUGAAUGCAAACUUUCAAACUUCAGUCCUUGCUUUGCAUGUGUUUCUAUUUUCGUAGUGUUUGAACGUCUAGGUAAAAGUUCUCUACAAUUACAAGUGCAAUAACUGAAUUGAGUUUUGCUCAUUAUGCGCAUCAAGGCUAUAAUCGAGCCGAGUCGAAUUGAAUAUUGAAUGUUAAAGUCAAUUCCUUUAAUUUUAUUUUGAACAUGAGUUGAGUUUGAGCUUAUGACAGAACUAGAUAAUCUGUUCUAGGCUUCUAGCUCGGUUUAUUUACUUUUUGAAUGAACUCGAGCUUGUUCACGAGCUUAUCAAUUAACUUAUUCAUUCCUUAUAUAAAGUAAAUAUCACAAUUGUUUAUUUUUUUCGUCGUAAAUUCAUACUAAUAAUUAGUUAAUUAAUUAUUGUCAAGUUUUUAUCAUUUGAUUCAAUUAAAUAAAUUAACUUGAAUCUUAAACAAUCAAAUCUUGAGUCUAUAUGUAUGUUAAUUUAUAGUAUGUAUAUAAAUUCAUUAUGCACACACACACACACACACACACAUAUAUAUAUAUAUAUAUAUUAAGGCUCACAAAAACAAUAAUUCAAGCUAUAUCCAUCAUAUUACGAAGAUAAUUCCCAUUUUAUCUUUUAAAGUAUUUGCGUUACAAAAUUAAAAUAAUACUACACACACACACACACACACACACAUAUAUAUAUAUAUAUAUAUAUAUAUAUAUAUAUAUUAAGGCUCACAAAAACAAUAAUUCAAGCUAUAUCCAUCAUAUUACGAAGAUAAUUCCCAUUUUAUCUUUUAAAGUAUUUGCGUUACAAAAUUAAAAUAAUAGUAUAAAAUAUUAAAAAUGAAGUUUAUAUGAGUAUGGCUUGUUUAAUAAUCAGACUUAAUUUUGUGCUCACAGUUAGCUUAUUUAUUAAAUGAAUUGAGACCGAGCCUAUUCAUGAGCAGCUCUAUUCGUUUACAGACCUAUGCACAUCAUUUUAAUCUCAAUAAGAUUUGUUGAUUUGUUGUUCUUCUCCCUACGCAAUUAUACUAGCAUAUUUGACCUUUUAGCUAAAACAAUCAUUUAGCAUAAUCCUUUUUGCCAUUUUAGGAAAAUAGCCUUUGUAGGAUUGAUUAGGUGAAUAGAGUUUUAGAAUCUGAAUCUACCUUGCAUUUGUUGGAGAAGAGCUUUUGUUUUCGCAUACCAUUAAUUUUUGUAGUGGUUCAUAAUUUUAUAAAUGUGAAAGAUAGAUAUCUUGGAAGUUUAAUUACUGUAAUCAACAAAAUAGAUCGAUGUGUUUUUGAACCAUUGUUCAUCAUUUUGAAUUUUACUAGCCGACACUUGUUUCCCAUUUUGUUUCAUUAAGACUAUUCUCUUGUCCAAAAGAUCAUGUAGCGAUUCAGAUUGUUCAUCUAGUUCCUGUUGAUACCUCUAAUGUUCUUGCCUGCUUCACUAUGAUCUUUCAAAGAUAAAAAGAAAAAAAAGAAAGUAGUGAAUUAGCUUUGUUGAACUUCCAAGCUUAUGAGAUGAAUUCAGUUUGAGGAAAGAGAAAUGAAUAUUGGAUUAGUAGGCAGAUCAUUUGGGAUUAGCUUAAGUUCUCUACAGGUGUGUUCUGUGAUUUCCCACAUCUGUUGUGCUCACAACAUCUCUGCAUAUGGGCUCUAUGGUUAGUUUCAAAAUUCAUAUCAUGUGUUGCCCAUAUAUCUGAAACGUGGAAGAGUCAAACGAUUGAAAACUUGAGAAGAACUACAGUGGUUUUGAAGCCAAAUGUAUGAUACCAGUACAAGUUAGAAAUGUUAGACUUAAAAACUCUGCAGACCCUAUGUUUUAGAACUCCUGCUGCAGUAUCCAUUUUCUGCAGGAGCAAGGCUUUGUGGAAGGACUAAAGAAUCUGUAGGGCCAGAUAUCAGACGAAUCAACUUCUGCAAAGAUGCAGAAAUCUUCCCAAAUGCUAGUGCUUGAAAUUUGUCUAAACACUUCUGAUAGAAGUGCAGAGUCAGAGGAGAGGCAUUAGUGAAAAUGCCUCAUUUGUUUCACUCUGAAUUUCUCUCAUUUGUUUCAAUGGUACUAAAAAGAUCAUUUUUGAUGAACAAUAAUUGAUUAAUCUUCUCUUAUAUAUUAUGUGUUUGAGUUGAGAUUCA